CGCAGAGAUAAAGAAGAAGAGAGAGAAACAAAGAGAGAGCCGUUUGAGGAUUUUUGAGACGUUACCGGAUUUCAAAUCCAGAAUUCGCCGGAAUUUGGGAACCACGGUUGCGUCCGGAAGAGGAAGCUAGGGUUUCAUCUUGAUUUUCGUGUCUCGAUUUCGGUUUCGAAUUUUCGCGAUGGGGGUAUGAGGUUGUGAUUGUGGUUGAGGUUGAAUUGGGGAUUUGAAGCUUCGUCGUGUUUUGUCGUCGUUGAGCGGAGGUAGGUUUCGGUGGUGGUGAUGUUUACGCCGCAGAGGGUGUGGCAGGGUUGGUCCCUCACGCCCAGCAAGAGCGGGGCUCGUGCGGGAACUGGGUCCGGUUCGGGCCGCGAUUUGGGUCCGGAAUCGGGCGAUGGGGCUGGUUCGAAGGGGAAAGGUGUCGCGUUUGUGGAGAAUGGAGGAAACCUGGAUCGGGAGGUUUUGGUUGAGAGAAUUUCCAUGCUUGAGAAGGAGCUCUAUGACUACCAAUACAAUAUGGGGCUUCUCUUAAUUGAGAAAAAAGAGUGGAAUUCUAUGUAUUCUGAGCUAAGUCAAAAUUUAGUAGAAGUGAAGGAUGCUCUAGAACGAGAAAAAGCUGCUCAUUUAAUUGCUCUAUCUGAGGCAGAGAAGCGAGAAGAGAAUCUGAAGAAGGCCUUGGGUGUCGAGAAAGAGUGUGUGCUUGAUCUUGAGAAGGCUCUGCGAGAAAUGAGGUCAGAGCAUGCAAAAAUUAAAUUUACAGCAGAGUCAAAAUUGGUUGAAGCAAAUGCUUUAACAGCUAGCAUUGAAGAAAAAUCUUUAGAAGUAGAAGCAAAGUUACGCUCUGCUGAUGCCAGACUUGCAGAAAUCAGCAGAAAAAGUUCGGAGAUUGAAAGGAAAUCACAAGACCUGGAGGCUCAGGAAUCUGCACUUCGAAGGGAACGUUUAUCCUUCAUUUCAGAGCAGGAAGCACAUGAGAGUACUUUGUCUAAGCAGAGAGAGGACCUGCGAGAAUGGGAGAAGAAACUACAGGAGGGAGAAGAGAGGCUAGCCAAGAGUCAAAAAAUUCUCAAUGAAAGAGAGCAGAGGGCUAAUGAGAAUGAUAGAAUAUGCAGGCAGAAAGAGAAGGACCUUGAAGAGGCACAGAAGAACAUUGAUGCAACAAAUGAAACAUUGAGAAGCAAAGAAGAUGAUGUGAACAGCAGGCUUGCAAAUAUUACCCUAAAAGAAAAGGAAUAUGAUUCUUUGAGGAUGAACCUGGAUCUGAAAGAGAAGGAGUUAUCUGAUUGGGAUGAAAAGCUCAAUGCGAGAGAAAAAGUUGAGAUUCAGAAGCUUGUUGAUGAGCAUAAUGCUACUCUUGAUGUGAAGAAGCAGGAGUUUGGGGUGGAAUUGGAGGAAAAAAGAAAAUCAUUUGAAGAUGGGUUGAAAAAUAGAUUGGUGGAAGUGGAAAAGAAAGAAGAUGAAAUUAGUCACUUGGAGGAGAAGGUUGCAAAACGAGAGCAGGCCUUGGAAAAGAAAGCAGAGAAGCUUAAGGAGAAAGAGAAAGAGUAUGAACUAAAAGUCAAAGCUAUGAAGGAAACAGAGAAGUCUAUUAAGUCUGAGGAAAAAAGCUUGGCGAAGGAGAAAGAUAAAAUAGAAAGUGAGAGAGAGGAAUUGCUCAGUCUUAAGGCUGAAGUGGAGAAAAUAAAGGCUAACAAUGAAGAAGAACUGUUGAGGAUAAAUGAAGAGACUAAUAAUCUUAAAGUCACUGAGGAGGAGAGGUCUGAAUAUCUGCGCUUGCAGUCACAAUUGAAGCAUGAAAUUGAUCAGUACAGGCUCCAGAAAGAAUUGCUUCUGAAGGAAGCUGAUGACUUGAGACAGCAAAAAGAGACUUUUGAAAGAGAGUGGGAUGAGCUGGAUCUGAAAAGAGCAGAUGUUGAGAAAGAGCUAAAAAAUGUGAUUCAACAGAAGGAAGAAAUAUUUAAGCUACAACAAUUUGAAGAAGAAAAGUUAAAGAAUGAGAAGCUGGCCACAGAGGAUUAUGUACAGAGGGAGUUGGAAACUCUUAAGUUGGCUAAAGAGUCAUUUGCUGUGGAAAUUGAGUUGCAGAAGUCAAGCCUUGCCGAAAAAGCUCAAAAUGAGAAGAACCAAAUGCUUCUGGAUUUUGAGCUGCGAAAAAAUGAACUUGAAGCUGAUAUGCAAAAUCAGUUGGAGCAGAAGGAAAAGGACUUGCACGAGAGGAGGAAUCUAUUUGAAGAGAAAAGAGAGAGUGAAUUAGACAAUAUCAAUUUCUUGAGAGAUGUAGCUAAUAGAGAAAUGGAGGAAAUGAAACUUCAAAGGAGUAAAUUAGAGAAGGAGAAACAAGAAACUGAUGAGAAUAAAAAACACCUUGAAAGGCAAAGGACAGAAAUGCAAGAGGACAUUGAUUUACUUGUUGACCUUAAUAAGAAGCUGAAAAAUCAGCGGGAGCAAUUUAUCAUUGAGAGAAGCCGCUUUAUUGAGUUCGUUGAUAAAUUAAGGAGUUGCCAGAACUGUGGAGAAAUGAUUUCUGAAUUUGUGCUGUCAAAUUUACAAUCCUCUGCUGACAUUGAGAAUUUAGAGGUACCUUCUCUUCCGAAAUUGGCAGGUGAUGUAAUACAGGGUGGUUCUGAAGUAAAUCUGGCUUCUUCAAGGCAAAUGACUGGAGUUCCUCCGGCAACUGAUCCAAAGUCCCCGGUUUCUGGUGGCACUAUUUCCUGGCUACGGAAAUGCACCUCUAAGAUUCUCAAGAUCUCCCCUAUCAGAAAAAUUGAAUCUGAAGAUGUUAGUGGUUCAAGGGAUGAGGCUACUUUGUUUUCCGAGAAAGCUGACAUUGAAGAUCCAGCAGGAGGAAUUCCUGGCAAUGAAAAUGAAGUGGAGUUGUCGUUUGCUAUUGUAAAUGAUUAUUUUGAUGCUCGAAUGCUCCAAUCUGGCAAUGAUAUUGCAGAGGUUGAAGCCAACCAUGAUCCAUCAAUUGACAACCAGAGCAACAUUGAUGUCAGUAAGGCACCAGAAGAUGUGCAGCCUUCUGAUUCAAAAGUUGAGAAGCAGAAACCUCGCAGGGGAGGGGGAAGGGGCAGAGUAAAGCGUACGCAAACAGUGAAAGCUGUUCUCGAAGAGGCCAAGGCUAUACUUGGGGAGUCAAAUGCUGCUGAAGUAGUUCCUGGGGAAUCAAAUGCUGAGGAUUCUGCCAAUGUGAUUUCUGAAAGUCAGAAACCAUCCAAUACAAGAAGACCGGCAAAUGUACGGAAGCGGAACCGGGUUCAAACAUCUCAAGUGACUGCUAGUGGCCACGAUGGUGAUGCUAGUGAAGGACAUUCUGAUAGUUUGGUACUAGGGCAACGCAAAAGAAGGCGACAGAAGGCUGCUGCUCCUCCUGUACAAAUCUCUCGUGAAACAAGAUAUAAUUUGAGGCGACCGAAAAGUGGAGCAACUUCAUCGGCUAGAGCCAUGUCUGGUGGCGGCAAGGAAAGUGAGGGAGAGGUAGAUCGUGUAAAAGAUACAGAAGGGAAUGUCUACUCAAAGACUUCUCAUUCGCACUCAGUUGGCGUUACUAAUGAGAAUGGUGGAAGCAUAGAUCUUGAGGAGUCUCAUAAAGUGGUGGGUACCCAGGAUGGUUAUGGUGAUACCGCAAGGACCUUGAGUGAGGAGGUGAAUGGAACAGCAGAUGAUAUAGUAGAGCAUGGUUCUGAGUACCGGAGUGAAUCUCAUGGUGGUGUUGAUGAAGAGGAUGAUGAAGAUUACCCUCGUCCCGGUGAAACUUCUAUAGGGAAGAAGCUUUGGACCUUUUUUACAACAUAACAAACAGCACUUCACCAGCUUCUUGAUUUGUCUCUUGACCUCAUCAACUUUAGGGAUGUUGUCAGAAGUUUAUCUUGUAUUAAUUACUGGACUUAGAUUUCUGAGUUAUAACCACGAGGGGUUACUUAGGAGGGGGUGAUUGAAUUUCAUUAGGUUUUUUGCUCCUUUACGUUUCUAUGGAUAUUUGGAACCCUUUGGUAUUUGUUGAUAGUUUUAGGCAUUUGAGAUGUAGUUUAGCCUCUAGUUCAGAGAUUGGAAUUUUAGCUACCUCUCCCCUUGGAAAUUGAUUGUAUUGAAAUGAUUGUAUUCCUUCUCCGAAAUUGUAAUUUGUUUGAAUUUGAUCA